AUGGCCAACAAAAAUAAUGUAACCGAGUUAAUUUUCACUGGCCUUUUCCAGGAUCCAGAGGUUCAGAAGGUGUGCUUUGUGCUGUUCCUUCCUGUGUACCUGGCCACAUUGCUGGGCAACAGUCUUAUUCUUGUGGCAGUCAGCAUCAGUAAGACUUUACAUUCUCCCAUGUACUUCUUCCUCAGUUCCUUGUCCCUGGUGGAGAUCUGUUACUCCUCUACAAUUGUCCCUAAGUUCAUCACUGACUUACUUGCUAAGGUUAAAACCAUCUCUCUGAAGGGCUGUCUGACUCAGAUAUUCUUUUCCCAUUUCUUUGGUGUUGUUGAAGUCAUUUUGCUAGUGGUGAUGGCCUAUGACCGCUAUGUGGCCAUCUGCAAACCUCUUCAUUACAUGAACAUCAUGAGUCGUCAAGUGUGUCACAUGCUGGUGGCUGGCUCCUGGCUGGGGGGCUUCAUUCACUCCAUAAUCCAGAUCAUCAUCACUAUUCCAUUGCCCUUCUGUGGUCCCAAUGUGAUUGACCACUACUUCUGUGACCUGCAACAAUUAUUUAAGCUUGCCUGCACUGACACCUUUAUGGAGGGGUUUAUUGUGAUGGCCAACAGUGGUUUAAUCUCUAUAGUCUCUCUCUUCAUCUUGGUGUCCUCCUAUGCUGUCAUCCUAAUCAGCUUGAGGAAGCGUUCUGCAGAGGGGAGGCGCAAGGCUCUCUCCACCUGUGCCUCUCACAUCACAGUGGUCAUCCUGUUCUUUGUGCCUGGUGCAUUUAUUUAUAUGAGACCUUCCUCCACCUUCACUGAAGAUAAGCUUGUGUCUGUGUUCUACACUGUCAUUACCCCUAUGCUGAACCCCAUUGUCUAUACUCUAAGGAAUACAGAAAUGAAAAAUGCUAUACGAAUGUCCUGGAAGCAAAAGGACAGCUGA